AUGUGGAACAAGUAUGGUGAACUGCAGCUGAUGACUUUUCUACUUGUUGCAGAUGAGGAGUUCGGCCAGAAGACGGUGUCCGUGAUGCUGGAUGGACGCGAAGCCGAACUUGAAAUCGUCGACCACCCAGCCUCAGAGAUGUCGGUGGAGAGCUACUGCACGACGUACAACCCGGACGUGUUCGUGGUGGUAUACUCGGUAGUGGACCGCAAGACGCUCAAGGCAGCCGAGGACAUCCUGCUGUUCCUGUGGAAGAACGACUACGUGGCGUCGCGUGGCGUCAUCCUGGUGGGCAACAAGGCAGACCUGGAGAGGCGGCGGGAGGUGCCCAUGGCUGUCAUCGACCUCAAUGCCUCUCGAGGACUGCCCUAUCAGGAAGAUCUGACCUGCCAGGGACAAGGUAAUGCUGGUGACUUCCUGCGGGAAUAA